UAUUUUAUUUUAUCAUGUUUUAUACAUCACGAAUUUAAUAAAUAAUAAAAUGUAAAAAAAAAAAAAAAAAAAAAAAAAAUUUUUGUAAAUGUCAAAUGAAAAAAAAUCAAAUUUUGCCUCUGUUGUUCAAAAAGGUGCAGUAAGGGCUAAGGAGAAGAUACUUGUAAAUUUAGGCAAAGUUGAUAAAACAAAAGACGACUUAUUCGAUGAUUAUAUUUCAAAUUUUAAUAAACAGCAAUUAAUAUCCAGCAAAUUGUACAAAGAUUUAAAGGCAUAUAUAAAUUCAAUUAAAGAAAAAUCUAUAUGUGAAAAAAGUUUAUAUGAAGCAAUCAAAGAAACUUAUGAAAUAGAAUGGCAAAAUAAAGAUUUAUUUUGCCAUUUAUUAGAUUCAUUUGAUUUUAUUUGGCAAGAUUAUAUUCAAAAAUUAGAAAAUCAAGUUUUAAUACCAUUAAAUUCUUAUAAUAAUCAAUUUAUUGAAAUUAAAGACAAAAUUAAUAAACGAAGUCGUAAAUUAUUAUAUUUUGAUUCUGCUAGACAUAGUUACGAUACAUUAAUAAAUUCUGCAAACAAAAAAAAGGAUGAUCAAAAGAUUAACAAAGCUCUAGACCAACUAACAGAUGCUAAAAAGGUUUAUCAAGAUUUAAACAAUGAACUUCACGAAUCGUUACCUACCUUAUAUCAAACACGGAUAUCAUUUUUAGUAUCCCAUUUUCAAUCGCUCUUUGCUGCCGAGCUACAAUUUCACAAUGAAAUGGCAAAGGUGAAUAAUGAACUCAGUGAAUUAAUGGAUAUAUUAGCGGAAGGCUUAGGAAAAAAUGAAAAGUGGCAAUGUUUUGAAAAUCAUGAAUCUUCUGGCAAAGUUAUUGAUAAUGAAGAAAAUGUUGAUGAUAAUAGUUCACUAACUAAAAUUAUUACAAAUAAUAAAAUUGACAUUCACACAAAUAUUCGAUCUUCCAGUAAAAAUCCUUUUGACGAAGAACCAGAAGAUCAAGGCAAUAUUAAAGAAAAUGACGAGGAAAAGCAGGAUUUAAAUAUUCAAUACAAAGUAAAAGCUCUAUAUAAAUAUACAAAGGAAGACAAUGACGAAUUAUCGUUCGAACCUGGAGAUUAUAUAUAUGUCAUAGAUUCACAACAAGAAUUAGAUUCUGGGUGGAAGUUUGGAAUAAAAGUUGAAACUAAAGAGAAGGGCGUUUUCCCAGAAAAUCACACAAAGCAAAUAGACUAAAACUAUAUUUAUAUCACAAAUAAAUAUAAUGUAUUCGUCAAAUAUUCAAAAUUUAUAGUUUUCCUUCAUUCAAGAGAAUCUGUAAUUGUUCAAUUUCAUCUAAGCUUGAGGCCUUGGCGAUUGCUUCCUGUAUUAUUAUUUAAAGAUUAAUCAAAAUAAAAUAUAUUACUCUUAUAGCAUUUAUAUUUUUCUUAUUUGAUAUAGUUUUGACAUCUUGUUUCGUCUCCCCAAAUUGUAA